AUGCUGAAGCUAAAAGACAAUUGCCAAUUCAAUGGAGUGGGUUAUCCUACCACUCUACCAGGCAUCGAAUUUUUAAAGCCUAGUGAAUUUCAGACUUUCGGGUCUUCAAAAUCUGCUAUGGAUGAUGUUAUUGGGGCACUGAAAAAUGAUGAGAUCCAUAUAGUUGGAUUGUAUGGGAUGGGUGGGGCGGGUAAGACAACCUUGGCAAAAGAAGUAGGUAAUAGAGUGAAGGAGAUCUUUAAUGAGGUUGUGAUGGUUACCAUAUCUCAGACUCCAAACUUUAAAAAUAUUCAAGGUCAACUAGCAGGAAUUCCAUUUGGUGAUGAUAACAAGAAUUGCAAAAUUCUUCUAACUACUCGUCGACAACAAGUUUGUAUUGAUAUGGAGUGUCAGUCACGAAUUCUGCUAGAUAUUCUAAAUGAUGAUGAAGCUGUGGCUUUGCUCAAAAGGCAUGCAGGCAUAGGUGAUGCCUCCAAUUUGAAUCCUCUGGCAGUUAAAAUUGCUAAGGAAUGUGAUGGCUUGCCUUUAGCACUUGUAGCUAUUGGGAGUGCUCUAAGAGAAAAGGAUUCUGACGAAUGGAAAGUUUUGCAUGACAAACUAAGAGAUUCAAAACUUGAAGAUAUGAUUAGUGUUACAGGGGAGGACAGCAUUGUUGCUGGAGAAAAAGGUAUUUAUGCCACUCUUAAGUUGAGCUAUGAUUAUUUGAAGGGUGAGCAAAUCCAGUUUUGUUUCUUGUUGUGUUCACUGUUUCCUGAAGAUUGUGAAAUCUCUUUAGACAAACUGGUUAGAAUUGGAAUAGGGUUAGACUUGUACCAAGAUGUUAACUCUAUCGAAGAGUUAAGGAAACAAUUUCGCGUUAUGGUUAAUAAUCUGAAGGCUUCGGGUUUGCUAAUUGAUGCUGGCGAAGAGGUCGUAAAAAUGCAUGACAUGGUUCGUGAUGUUGCCAUAUGGAUAUCAUCGGGAAAACAUGUAUUCAUGAAUAAAUCUAGCAUGGGAUUGACAGAGAGGCGUAAAAAGAACAUGCUUGAACAAUGCACAGCAAUUUCCUUGAUGGACAAUGGUAGUGACAUAAAUUUGCUUCCUCAAAGCUUGGUCUGUCCUAGGCUUGAAAUUUUACUACUGAAUUUUGGUAUCGAUGGUGAUCCAGGUGAUUUUUUUAAAGACAUGAAAGCACUUCAAGUUGUAACUUUAAUUGAUGUGGAGAUGUCAUUUAAAUCACUUGAAUUAUUGACGAAUCUUCAAAGUCUACGACUGAAAUACUGCAGAUUGCUAGACAUCUCUUUUCUCGGAAAGUUGACAACACUUAAAGUUCUGGAUUUGGAAGGUUCUUCUUUGGCUGGAGAAUGGCCCAAAGAAUUGGGGGAUCAACUAAGUGAAUUGAGAGUGCUGGACGUGCGUCAUUCUAAACUGAGGAUUCCACGAGAUCGGUUACGAAGAUUUUCUCAACUAGAAGAAUUAUACGCUAACCCUUCUUUCCUUUGGCACUCAGAUGAGAUUACUAGUGUAGAGGAAAGUUGUGCCACCGUCUGUGAGUUAAAUUCACUUUCAUGCUUGGUCUCACUGUCACUAAGAAUUGAUCAGAAAUGCCUUCCAAACGGAUUUGCUUUCCCAAAACUGGAAAGGUAUGGGAUAGAUGUGACAGGAAGUGAUUUUGCUUUGUUUUCAGGUGAAUAUGAAAGGAGCUUAAGUAUAGAAAGUAUCGAAGCAGUCUCACUGAUUGCAUUUGAAGAAUUGUUGCAGAAUGUACAAUCUCUUCGUUUAUCUGACAUAAAAGGUUUGCAAAAUUAUUUCCCAAGCGUUGAUCAAACGUGCUUCAGUGAGUUGAUUUACCUUGGAUUUGGAAAAUGUGAGGAGUUGAAAUGCAUCAUAGAUUCGUCGCAACGGCAGGCACCAGCCGCUGCAUUCUCAAAUCUGAAGACAUUGAUUUUAUUUAAUAUGAGCCAUCUAGAAGAGAUAUACAAAGGUGCAGAGCCUCCAAGUACGUUUCUUGAAAAACUGGAAACAGUGACAAUUUCAGAAUGCCACAGCUUAUCCCAGACUGAGGGAGAAAAUACUGCGGUGCUUUCAAGUUUAGAAUCAUUACAGCUGAGGAAUUUACCAGAAUUGAGGUUUAUAUGGAAGGGACCCGUCCGACUUGUAAGCUUCAAAAAUCUUGCACAUGUUCAAGUGCAUGGCUGCAGUAACUUGAAAAAUCUCUUCGCAUUGUCAAUUGUGCGACGUCUGGUGCAGUUAGUUCAACUCAUAAUAAGUGAUUGUGAGAGGCUGGAGCAUAUUGUCUCAGAUUAUAACCAGGGCGACGAAAUUGCAGAGAUAGAAAAUGGUAAAAAUAUCGUGCUCCCUAAGCUAACAAAGUUGCGAGUUCUAAAGCUCCCAAAACUCAUCAGCUUCUGUUCUGAAAAUUAUUAUCCAACUUGUCCAAUGUUGCAACUGUUAGAAGUUGAUGGUUGCCCCAAUUGGACUACGCCUAUUAUUGUUGAAGCUAAUAUGCAGAAUCCACCAGAGUUUCAGCAUUUGCAAGAUUGCAAUGAUGAUGUAAUUCCGGGCACAUUGGUUCAUAGCUUCCAAAAUUUGGAAGACCUAAUACUUAUAGGUUGUGCUGUACAAGUGUCUCACGCGAUCAUUGUUGUAGCAGAGGAAGAGGACCAAGCCUUCUUGAACAGUAAUCUCCAACCUGAAACCUUUCAGAAACUUUUAAAAGUUGCGGUAAAAAGUUGUAGCAAAUUAAAAUGUCUGUUUCCAACCACCAUAGCCCGAGGUCUUCAACAACUGGCAGAAUUAUAUGUAGAAGACAACGUCCAAUUAGAAGAAGUACUUGGACAUACAGAUGUAGCUGGCAUCAUGGAAGACGAAGAAAUUGUGCUGCCUCAGCUAAACUAUUUGAGACUCGUUGCAUUACCAAGCCUCACUAACGUCUGUCCUGGGGGAUGUCACUUCAUAUUUCCAUCUUUGCGAAAAUUGGAAUUUCAAGAUUGUGGUGCGACAGUUCCAACAUUUUCCUUAACCGGAGAUGAAUGUGUGCAUGCUGAUGAAAAGAAGUUACGAGUUUUACGCAUUGGAGACUGCAACAACUUGUGUGGCGGAACUUCUCUGUUCAGUUGCGGCUUCAAUAAUUUGGAAGAUUUGAGAAUUCGGAAUUGCAGAGUAAAAGUGGUAUUUCAGCUAGGAGAUCUUGCAGUUGAUGGACAAUCACAUCAGUUAUCAUUCCCAAGUUUGAAAUACUUAAGAGUUGCGCUGUCUACAAGAAUUAGAAGGUCUUCUUUUGCUCGAAAUAUGUUGCAACUGAAAAGUCUCUCAGUUGAACGUUGUAAGGACUUGGAGCAAAUAGUGGUUGAAGAUAAUGAUGAUCAUCUCCAAGUUCUCUUUCCAAAUCUCUCACAAAUUUAUGUCAAAUCGUGCGACAAGUUAAAACGUAUCCUUCCGAUCAGCGUUGCCCGAGGACUUCAACUGCAAGACAGAGAUGUAAGACAGAACUUUAAAUUAAAAGAAGUACUUGGACACGAAGAGAAAGCAAACCUCAUGGAUGAAAAAGUAAUCAUGCUUCCUCAACUUGACGAGCUUACCAUGGUUAAUGCCCCUCAGCUGAAGUCAAUUUUUUAUUUUGAAAAUGUUACUGAAUGGUUAGGAAAAGAUAUCCAGCUCCCUAAGCUAAGAAAAUUGUCAUUUUCUGGAUUAGCAAACCUGAUCAGCUUCUGUCCAGAAAAUUGUCAUUCGACUUGGCCAGCUUUGGAAGAAUUCAGGAUAUAUCAAUGUCCCAAUUUAACGAUGCCUUUCCUGGAUCAAGUUAGAGUGCUAAAUCUGAUGAAAGAGAAGUUACGAGUUUUACGCAUCAGAGACUGCAACAACUUGUGUGGCGAAACUUCUCUGUUCAGUUGCGGCUUCAAUAAUUUGGAAUAUUUGAAAAUUUGGAAUUGCGGAGUAAAAGUGGUAUUUCAGCUAGGAGAUCUUGCGGUUGAUGGACAAUCACAUCAGUUAUCAUUCCCAAGUUUGAAAAAGUUGGAGUUGCGCGGUCUAAAAGAAUUAGAAGGUUUAUGUAACGGUUCCAAGCAUCAAAUCGUGGUUGAAGAUGAUGAUGAUCAUCUCCAAUCUCUCUUUCCAAAUCUCUCAAAAAUUCACGUUAAAUGGUGCGACAAAUUAAAGUGUGUCCUUCCUAUCACCAUGGCCAGAGGUCUUCAACAAUUGAAAUUGGUAACUGUGGCAUGGGCGAAUCAACUGGAAGAAGUAUUUGGACAUACUGAUAGAGUUGAUGUCAUGACUGACAGAGAAAUCCAGCUACCCAAACUUGAUGAGUUGUGUUUAAAUGAUUUACCAAAUCUUGCUAACUUCUGUCCCGUCGGAUAUCACUUCAUAUUUCCAUCUUUGGAUUCAUUGCACAUUACAGGAUGUCCCGAGAUGAAUACAGCAUUUUCCUUAAAUCAACAAAAUAAAUUUGUGCACGCGGAAGCCAAGGCUCCAAAAAUAAGCAUGAAAAAUGAAGGAGUAGAGUUCACUCUAGAGCCACCGAUUGGGAUCGUGUGCUGGAACUCUGAUCAGUUCCCAAAAGUAUUACCGCUAAGUGAUGAGCAAACUGUCACCCAGCAAAAUGAUAUUGAAAACUGA